AAAAAAUUUAUGGUUUAAAAAAAAAGUAAAAUAUGAAUAUUUGUAGAGUAAAAACGUGGGGUUUGGGGAUGAAUAAAAAGUUAAAACACCAAAACCCUAGACGCCACACUUAUAACUCUCCAUAAGCUUCUGCUGUCAAACCAAAGCUCAGUGUAGCGGCGACAACAAUGGGUGCCUACACAUAUGUGUCGGAGUUAUGGAAGAAGAAACAAUCCGAUGUGAUGCGGUUUCUGCAAAGAGUCCGCUGCUGGGAGUACCGUCAGCUUCCAGCUGUUGUACGUGUCACCCGCCCGACCCGGCCCGACAAGGCUCGCCGCCUCGGAUACAAGGCCAAGCAGGGUUAUGUGGUGUACCGUGUGCGUGUUAGACGUGGUGGGAGGAAGAGGCCCGUACCCAAGGGUAUUGUGUAUGGAAAGCCCACUAACCAGGGUGUUACCCAGCUAAAAUUCCAACGCAGUAAGCGUUCGGUUGCUGAGGAACGUGCUGGACGAAAACUUGGUGGGCUGAGGGUUCUCAACUCUUACUGGAUUAAUGAGGACUCUACUUACAAGUACUUUGAAGUUAUCCUGGUUGACACGGCCCACACUACUAUCCGCAAUGACCCAAGGAUCAAUUGGCUCUGCAAUCCGGUCCACAAGCACAGGGAGCUUCGUGGGCUGACCUCUGCUGGAAAGAAAUACAGAGGCCUCAGGGGAAGAGGCCACCUGCACCACAAAGCCCGUAGUCUCACUUUGAUCUCCUUUCAGUCGUCAAUUGCACGUUGGAUGAAAGAGAAUUCUACUACUCAGUGGGUGGAUGAUUCAGCAUCUUCAGUGCUUAUUUGUAUGCUUUAUAAGUUUAGGGUCUUGCUGUUUCAGUUUAAGCUAUCGACUAAAGCUGUAAACUCUCAUACACAAGGAAAGAAGGCAACCACUGGCUAUGUCAUUUUUCUUGGCUCAAAUGUCAUCUCGACUUUUAAUAAAGAUGCUCUGCUUAUCCUAAGCUUCAUAGAUAUUGUCCUAACACGUUUUAGCAUGCAGAAUUCCAAGGAGAGCAAAGUGAGACUAACAUAA